AUGUCCAUCAUCCCUUCUCGGUCACGCUCAACCUUCAUCACCAAUAUGUCUUCACACUUUCAGGCCAAGUCACGGUGGGAUGCCUGGCCACCGACCCAGGUGCGCCUCACGCCCUCUACCCCCAAGGACUACCCAUCUCUGGACGAUAUAAACGAGGACCCUCUCAACUACUUUCUCACACCUCCCACCGACUUUGAGGACGCCAGCGGUGACAUCGACAUGUUUGACUUUGACGCCGGUAUUGAGAGUCCGCACUCAUCGCAUGACAUAGUCCGCAGCGUCAGCCCUUCCAGCCUCGAAGGCCUCAGCAAGCCGGGCUCCCCACCGGUUCUUGAUCUCUCUGAUCUGGCCACACCCGACACAGACGACGAAGAGGAGAGCUACAUGCGCUUCGCGCCCCACCACUUUGGUCUCCCAUCUACCCUGCGAGACUUCAUGAUGGACAGCAAGAGGUCCAAGCCAAGCCAAGCCUCGGACUCUCCCUCGUCGCCCCUUGAUGCCCCGAGGGGACGCUCUCGUGGCUCGAGGCCAGUAGGCCGCGGCCGACAGCCCAGCUUUGCCACACGGCGCCGCUCACAGCAGGUCUGGCGUGAGCCCAGCCCCGACGUCUGGUCGAUCGAGGAGGAGACAGAGGAGGCCAUGAGCGAGCUCGGCAGCACCAUAGUCGCGGGCAUCGAGGCCGGAGAGGUGCUCGCUUCGGCGAUGAAGAAGGACCGGACUCGGCCGGUAGAUAUACAGGCUGCAAAGCCGACGAAGAAGGUCAGGUUUGUCCUGCCUGCGGAGGAGAUCUAA